GUCUCCCCGAUUCGCAAUUUGUUUAUAGCAGCCGGAGUAUCGGCGCUUCUCUUAACACGCUGCGACACGUAUCGAUUUCUACGAAGAGCUAUCUUUUCACGGGGGUUCUUCCUAGAAAAAAUUGUAUCAUUAUCUUUUCUUUGAAACAUGUUAUCAAUGCUUCUUUAAGCGGGAACAAGUCGUGACACAUUUGGUUGCAACGAUGGUUGAAAUUCCUAGCAAAAAGGGUAGAAAGGGAAGGGGGUGGGGGAGGAGGUUAACGCUCCGCUGUGUCAAAAAUUUACGCGGAUGCGAUCAGUUCUCCAUCAUUCAUUUGUAUGUACAAACGCAAUAUACUCCGCUCCUCCAUCAUUCGUUUGUACGAACAACACGCAAUGUAUUCCGCCAAAGGAAGCAGCGCACCGUACGAUGGCGAAAAACAGACGAAGGAACGUAACGCCAUUUCGGUGGAGCGUCGUGCUGUGUGCCUACUGAGCAGACGUUACACUCUGACAGCCACGGGCUACAAAUUUCUGGAAAUUGGAAUCAACAUUGGUCCACCGAGGAGAUCGCUACGUGGAGAUCGCUCUGGGAGAUUAUCGGGGACAGGAACUUAUACUAUCUCUCGAAACGUGGACAGGACUCUACGAGCAGCGAUGGAAUAUCUACAAAUUGCUGCGAAACGAUUACAAAGAUAAUUUUAUAAACGUCGGACCGUUAACCGUCAGAGUUUACCAGAUGAACAACGUUACA